AUGUCCGCAGCCUCCGACAAGCCCCAGCCGCCGCCACCCAGCGGCGGCGGUGGCGGCGGCGGCGGCGGCGCCAAGACCAAGAAGAGCAACGCGGGCAUCCGCCGCCCGGAGAAGCCGCCCUACUCCUACAUCGCGCUGAUCGUGAUGGCCAUCCAGAGCUCGCCCUCCAAGCGGCUGACCCUGAGCGAGAUCUACCAGUUCCUGCAGGCGCGCUUCCCCUUCUUCCGCGGCUCCUACCAGGGCUGGAAGAACUCGGUGCGCCACAACCUCUCGCUCAACGAGUGCUUCAUCAAGCUGCCCAAAGGGCUGGGCCGGCCGGGCAAGGGCCACUACUGGACCAUCGACCCGGCCAGCGAGUUCAUGUUCGAGGAGGGCUCCUUCCGACGGCGGCCCCGCGGCUUCAGGAGGAAGUGCCAGGCCUUGAAGCCCAUGUACAGCAUGAUGAACCUGAAUUUCAACCACCUCCCCGACAGCUACGGCUUCCAGGGGCCCUCCUGCCCGCCCAGCAGCCUGCCCUUGGACGGGGGCGCCCUGGGCAUGGUCAACGUGGACGGCAUGGCCCUGGCCGGCCACUCCGUGCCCCACUUGCCCUCCAACGGCGGCCACCCCCACGCCUACAUGGGCAGCUGCAGCGGCGGAGGGGCCGGGCCCGGCUCGGCGGGAGGGGACUACGGCCACCACGACGGCUCGGUGCCCGCUUCCCCGCUGCUGCCCGGCGGAGGGGUGAUGGAGCCCCACUCGGUUUACUCCGGCACGGGGCCCGCGGCUUGGGCGCCCUCGCCCGCCCCCGGCUUGAACGGCGGCGCCCCCUACAUCAAGCAGCAGCCCCUCUCGCCUUGCAACCCGGCGGGGAACCCGCUCUCGUCCGGCCUUUCCACGCACUCCUUGGACCAGCCCUAUCUGCACCAGAACAGCCACAACCCCGCCGAACUGCAAGGAAUCCGGUACCAUUCCCAGUCCCCGAGUAUGUGUGAUCGGAAAGAAUUCGUCUUCUCCAUCAACGCCAUGGCAUCCUCUUCCAUGCAUUCUGGAGGCAGCGGCUCCUACUACCACCAGCAAGUCACAUAUCAAGACAUCAAACCUUGCGUGAUGUGA